CGCAGCAUGUGCUGUUGUCCCCCUACUGCCAUGGCAGUGCCAUUCCCCAACUUCGGCUCAUACGAGUGGUUGCUUCCCUUUGCCGAUGUGAAGCAUGUCUUCCAAGACCUGCCAUUGCGGACUGAGGGCACAGUCCUUACCGUGGUCGUGGGCUGCGGGACGUCCGACCUUUCACGUGAACUGCAUACCCAUCUUGGGCUCCCACAGGUGGUGUCCAUUGACAACGAUGAAGAAGUGGUUUCUCACAUGAAGGCGCAGCACGAGGAUUUGAAAGCCGCUUUGAGUUUUCACCAAGCAGACCUGACUGCACCCUGUAGCCACGUUGUGGCGGAUGGUGCGGCGGAUUUGGUGGUGGACAAGAGCACUUUAGAUUGCUUGCUUUGCAGCGAGGGGGCGCCGAAACUGGUGCCUUCAGCAUGGGUGCACAACAUCUACCGGAUGCUGCGUGUUGGUGGUUGCUAUGUUGUCAUCUCGUUCCAUCAGAAGGAGUUCCUGAUGUCCUUGUUGUCCUUGGCCUUCAGCAUCGAGUCCGCGAUCGACUUACAACGAGACGUCGGGCCUGAUGUGCUGGCUUUGGUCUUGAGAAAGGGCACCGAAGAGCUGCCGGAGCUGCAGAAAGCGCUGGACGCGUGGAACGUGCAGAUGCCCAAGGACCUGAUGUCGGAGACGCGGAGAGAAGCGCUGGAGGCCGACUGGCUCCAACGUUUACGACCCGGCGCAAGUGCCUUGCCACUCAGCGAGGCCUAUGAGGUGAUGAUCAGCAGCUCGGCAACUUGGAUGAGAAGCGUGAGUAUUCCUUGUCGGAUUUCGAACAGGAUGUAGCAGAUCAUGGUGGAACCGCUGGAACCACUGAAUUGACCCUGCAGGAAGCAUUGCACUUCUUGGAGCAAAUGCAGUG